CGUCUACCUAUUCAACCAUACUCAUCCACACAUACACGCUUUCCAUACACGCGUAUAUAUCUUUUAUCUUUUAUAUAUAUACACACAUAACACCUCAUUACUUCUUUGUGCCCUCUCUCUCUCUACUGGAUGUGUUCUAAAGGCUCGUACCUCUGUAUUCUUGAUUCCUCUGAGAUAACUGGUCUGUAUAAAUGGUGGAUGUUGAAAGAGUAUGUUGUAUGUGCGGUGACGUUGGCUUCCCCGACAAGAUAUUCCGGUGUAUCAAGUGUCACCACCGAUUCCAACACUCGUAUUGUAGCAACUACUAUAACGAAUCAUCAGACCCGCCGGAGUUCUGUGAUUGGUGCCAAACUGAGGUGACCAGGACGGGCAAACCCGGCGGGUCUUCAAAGAAAACAAGCUCAAAAACCGAGACCGGAGUUAGCAACCGGUCGGAAUACUCCGGUCCCAAGAUCAAGCAACAGGAUCGUGAAGAGGGGUCAGAAAAAAGCAAGCCAUGGUCUUCCACCGGCACCGGAGCUCCUUCACCAAAAACAAGUACUCGAAGGUACAAGCUACUUAAAGAUGUCAUGUGUUAGAUAAAAUAAAUAAAGGUUGGAGUACGUACUUUGGUUGCCAAAGGUGAGAUCUUUAUGGAAUUUAAUGUUCUAGAGUGUAAUUAUUGGUUUGACUUGAGGGUAAAACGGGAACAAAAUGUAUUUUUGUUUCUUUCUUUUUUAUUAUCUUUUUUUUUUUGUUUUUUUUUUUUGGUGUAUAUAUGGUUGGGCCUAGCUCUAUCACUUGUUUGAUAGUAAUAAUAAGUAAAUAAGUUUGGUUCGAAAGUACGUACACAUGUGAGUUUCAUGUUGGCAUGACUUUUUGAAAAAGUGGCAUGACAUGCAUCGUUGGAUCAUGAUUAAGGUAUGUGGCAAUAUGAUCCACGUACGUACAUUUUGGUUGUAUAUGUUUUAGAAGCUUUUUCUUGUAAUUUAUGGUUUGCCAAAAUAUUUUUUUCCCUUUAUGUUGUGACAUUUACGAAUAUUUAGAUCUAAUUAAUUUAGUUUAACAUUUUGGUACUCAAUUACAAAAAAAAAAAAAAAAAAAAAAAAAAA